UUGCUGAAUGCACGUGUGUUACAGAAUGAUCCCUUUGUGAACCGACCACGCACACUCCUUAAAUGGGCUUUUGUAUUUGUCAGAAUUAAUGAGAAAAGUUCCCUUGCCCUAGGGGUAAUUAGUGUCCUUGGAGUUAAAUAAGCUAAAACUUAGACACCUCUGGCACAAGCAAUUAUGUUUGUGUAUUGAAUAAUUGAUUCGGGGACUGCUAAUCAGAUAUGAGCAUAAUGAAUUGAUUUAAUUAACCAGGGAACCUGAGGAAUACUGGGAAAUGUGUGCAUUUAUUCACCAGCCAGGGACCCUAAAGGGGAGAGAACCACAUAAAUUGGAAGGGAAAGCUGAGCCUCGCCGUUUGCCGGCUUUUCACAGCGGCUUCGUGCAAUUUUUGAGCUAGCAGCCGCGGAAGGUGUGCGAUCAUUGUAGAAGCCCGCAACGCCGAGAGGUCGGUUGUCGCCGUUCCCCCGUCUUCGGGAGGCGAGAGAGAUCGCGGAUCCGCACCGACUCUCGCUGGCCGCCGAGGAGGGAGCGCCGAGCCCGGGUCUCCGCUAGACCAUGGUGUUGGACAAGGAGGAAGGUGUCCCAAUGCUUUCUGUCCAACCGAAAGGAAAGCAGAAGGGCUGUGCAGGCUGCAAUCGCAAGAUCAAGGAUCGCUACCUGCUGAAGGCACUGGACAAAUACUGGCAUGAAGACUGUCUAAAAUGUGCCUGUUGUGACUGUCGUCUUGGAGAGGUCGGGUCUACGCUCUACACAAAAGCAAACCUAAUUCUCUGCCGUCGAGACUACUUGAGGCUCUUUGGUACCACUGGGAAUUGUGCAGCUUGCAGUAAACUGAUCCCUGCCUUUGAGAUGGUGAUGAGAGCUCGUGAUAACGUCUACCAUUUGGACUGCUUUGCCUGUCAACUUUGCAAUCAGAGGUUUUGUGUGGGAGACAAAUUUUUUCUGAAGAAUAACAUGAUCCUCUGCCAAAUGGACUAUGAGGAAGGUGCAAUGAACGGAAGCUUCUCAUCGCAGGUUCAGUGACUGCCCAUGGCCUUCUAGAGCAUUGUGGGGUGAAGUGCAAUGCUUGCUUGCAACUCUUCAAAUAGUCCAGGAUGGAUUAAGUAACAAUCUCCAACACUGAGCAGUUAAGAUUUUAGAUGCACAGCUCUGCUUUAGCUGGGCAUCGCUUUGCCUGUACGUUUUGUGAUGUUGGGUUGGGGAGGGCAAUGUACAGUCCGUUUCUGUAUAUAUAAACUGGAACAUUUAUUUUACAUAAAUGUAUUGCAAUUUUAUUAUUACUUGUGUGCAUUAAAGGAGAUGAAAUGUU